AUGGCAAAUAACAAAACACAAUGUUUUACAUGUACUAAAGAUAAAAUAACAUAUCCCUGUGAAGGAUGUUCGCAAAGAUUUUGUUUAAUUGAUUUAGUAGAACAUCGUCAAAUAUUAAACAAUGAAUUACAUCAUAUCACCAAUGAAUAUAAUCAAUUUAAACAAACAAUUAAUGAACAAAAACAGAGUCCACAAAAUCAUACAUUAAUGAACCAAAUUAAUCAAUGGGAAAUAAAAUCAAUUAAAAAAAUUCAACAAAAAGCACAAGAGUAUCGAGAAAUCCUCACUAAAUCAUCACAAACAUGUAUUAGUGAUAUUCAAAUGAGAUUUAAUGAUUUACGUGAACAAAUAAAACAAUUUCAAAAAGAAAAUGAAUUUAAUGAAAUGAAUUUAAAUUAUUUAAGGAAUCAAUUAAAAAAAAUUACAAAAGAAUUAAAUAAUUCAUCAAUCAUGUCUAUUCAACAAAAUUCACAACCGCUCAUAAAUCAUAUUUCAUUCAUUUUACCAAGAAAAUCAAAGUUCAACGAAUGGAAACAAAAUGCCAUCACUGUGGCUGGUGGAAUUAGAGAAGGACAAGAAUUAAAUCAACUUAAUAACCCUCUUGGAAUGUUUAUUGAUAAAAACAAAAAUAUUUUCAUAGCUGAUUAUGCAAAUCAUCGUAUAGUUGAAUGGAAAUAUCUUGCAAGAGAAGGACAAAUCAUUACAGGUGGAAAUGGACAAGGAAAUCGAAUGAAUCAACUGAAUUGCCCAACAGAUGUAAUUAUUGAUCCACAAAAUCAUUCGAUCAUCAUCGCCGAUUCUGGGAACAAGCGAGUGAUUCAAUGGAUGAAUCGAAAGCAACAAAUUCUUAUUCACAAUAUUGAUUGUUCUCGCUUGGCAAUGGAUAAAAAUGGAUUUCUUUAUGUUUCUGACUGGAAGAAGAAUGAAGUGAGACGAUGGAAAAUGGGUGAAUACAACAAUGAAGGAAUUAUAGUAGCAGGUGGAAAUGGAUACGGAAAUCAUCUCAAUCAACUCAAUUGUCCUACUUUUAUCUUUGUUGAUGAAGAUCAAUCUGUUUAUGUAUCAGAUACGCACAAUAAUCGUGUUAUAAAAUGGCGAAAAGGUGCAAAAGAAGGAAGAAUUGUGGCUGGAGGAAAUGGUCACGGAAGAAAUCGGAAUCAAUUGUCUUAUCCUGCAGGAGUAAUUGUUGAUGAUUUAGGUCAAAUCUAUGUGGUAGAUUGUGGAAAUAAUCGAAUAAUAUGUUGGUGUGAAGGAAAAGAAGAAGGUGAAAUUGUUGUUGGUGGAAAUGGCGAAGGAAGCCAAUCAAAUCAAUUGAAGUCUCCCCGUGGUUUAUCAUUUGAUGAUGAAGGAAAUCUUUAUGUUGCUGAUCAUCGGAAUCAUCGAAUUCAAAAAUUAGUAACAGUUUUGUAA